UCUGGGCGACCAACCAGCAGCGGUCCUAAAAGCUCGCGAGAGGCUGCUGGCAGGGCACGCCGCCGUGUGCUGGAUGGAAGACAUGCCGGGGGAACAGCAGCAGGAGCCCGGCCAUCGGCAGAUUCGCUUCGCCGAUGGCAGUGGGAGCAGCAAUGAGACGGAUAAGGAGAGUGAAGGCAGCGGGAGCCCGGACCUGGAGGUGGCAGAAAAUCACUUGCAGCAGGUGGGACCUCAACUGAAACUGCUUCCCAUGAAUGACCAGAUCCGGGAGCUGCAGACAAUCAUCCGGGACAGGACCACAAGCAGAGGAGAUUUUGUAUUUUCUGCAGAUCGUCUGAUCCGGUUGGUGGUGGAGGAGGGUCUGAACCAACUGCCAUACACAGAAUGUACUGUUACUACUCCUACAGGGUACAAGUAUGAGGGAGUGAAAUUUGAAAAAGGAAACUGUGGCGUGAGCAUUAUGAGGAGUGGUGAAGCCAUGGAACAGGGCCUGCGUGACUGCUGCCGCUCCAUCCGCAUUGGGAAAAUUUUGAUCCAGAGUGAUGAGGAAACACAACGUGCCAAAGUCUAUUAUGCAAAGUUCCCACCAGAUAUUUAUAGGAGGAAGGUUUUGUUAAUGUACCCUAUACUAAGCACGGGCAAUACUGUCAUUGAAGCAGUUAAAGUUCUGAUUGAGCAUGGAGUCCAACCUAGCUGUAUUAUACUUCUCAGUCUCUUCUCUACCCCACACGGUGCAAUUUCCAUCAUUCAAGAAUUUCCUGACAUAACCAUUUUAACCACCGAAGUCCACCCAGUGGCCCCUACACACUUUGGACAAAAAUAUUUUGGGACAGACUGAUCUUUAGAAAUCCUGCCUCUUCCAGGGGCUGCUUAAGACUCAGUGUUGCCUCUGUGCCAUGCAGUGCCCUGAAUGUGCACUGCUGCCUAAAACUUGCACAAGGCACUCCAUUAUGCAGUCUUUUUACUGUAUCUGUUUUUCUAGCUUUGUACUAAAUAUUUACUUCCUGGCCACCCGCAACCAAAACUGAUUGGUUAUUCCUUGACUUUCUUUGCUUACACACCCCACCCCAGGGUUCACAUUCCAUUCAAAAGCAGCUUGUAUGGGCGUGCUGAGGUGUUCCAGGGCAUCAAUUAUUUAUUCAUUUGUAUGGCUACUUAAUAGUAAUAAAAAAAAUUAUUGCGAAUUUGUUUCUUUUCUGUUCUUUUCUUG